CCAAAGGGAGGGAGGGAGAGAGGGUGAGAAUGGAAGCUAUGAAUUCAGAGCACUGAAAGGGGUUUGAAGUCAUUGGAAGCGUAAUAUCAGGACAGCCUCAAUACAGUAUCGUGGCACCGCGGAGAGGCUGCGGGAAUGGCGCUCACACAAGCUGUGCUGCCCUCUUUCAGGUGUUUCUCUGCUUCUCAGGACUCUCUCAAGUGGUGGAAGGCGGGUGAUCACCCUCCUCCUGCCCCUCUCUCCUCCGAGCUCCAGCCUGACGUUCCACCCCAGCCCCUGUUGCAGCAAGAGCACAGGGACGAGAGCAGUGCGUGUUGGGACGUGGAGUUCUUUGUGUCUGGCUUCAACACUCCCAGGUGUGAGCUGGGCUCAGCGCUGGACUGCAUCUCCCAUCCGCCCCAGCAGGCCAGCGCGAGGCGCGGGGACGAGGGGCUGCACCGGCUGUGGGAGAACGCAGUGGACCCCGAUAGCGGCUUGAUGGCCAGUCUUCUGACGUGUCAGCAGGUUCCGUCGACCCACCCCACUGCGGCUCUUUACACCGGGCACCAGAAACUGCACCCCAGCACCGGGGAUCCCUCUAGAGACUGCUCAGGGUUCUUUCUGGGGAACGAGUGCAAUGGAGAUUGGGAUCUGUGCCCCAAAGUGACCGGCGGCUCCACCUUUGAAGGGCAGUUCCUCCCAAACUGGGCGGCCGCGAUGCAGCUCCAACCUCCCAUGAUGCAACACCACAACCUGCUUCACAAUUACCCCAGUAGCGGUUCCUACCUGUCUCAAAGCCACCAGUACCUCCAGUUUCAGCCCACAGGGCACCCCCACUCGCUCAUCACCCCAGCUCCUCCUUCUUCCAACGCGGGCUCGGCUCUGCCAGCACCCCCCAGCGGCCUGGAGGGGAAGCGCGGCGGCAAGACAGCAGCCAGGAAACAAGCGGCCGUGCACCACUGUGAGCACCCGGGCUGCAGCAAGACCUACACCAAGAGCUCACACCUCAAAGCUCACCGGCGCACACACACUGGUGAGAAGCCCUAUCACUGCCCCUGGCAGGGCUGUGGCUGGAAGUUCGCCCGCUCCGAUGAGCUGACCCGGCAUUACCGCAAGCACACCGGGCAGCGCCCGUUCCAGUGCCAGCGGUGUGAGCGGGCAUUCUCCCGGUCCGACCACCUGGCGCUGCACAAGAAGAGACACGCCUGAGCGCGCAGCACGCCGCACGAAACACGCAACGCGUUCAGCUGAACGGUGUCUGUGGACGGAUCCUUUAUCCAGCUAAAACCGAACCGCAGUGCCCCCUAGUGGACAGAUCCAUGUAGCGCACACAGAUAGACAGACAGACACACAGAUACACAGACAAACAGACACACAGACACACAGACAAACAGACAGACACAGGC